UAACAAAAGUAGGCAGCUGAAAGCGUACAAAAUAUUUAAUUUUAUCAACAAACCACUAAUAAAACAAUAUCUAAGAAUAUGUCAAUUAACUGACCGAAAAACAUGUUUUCUACGUUACUAUUUAAUUUAAAUUUUUUUAUCGAAACAAUCUCAGCAAUGCUUUAAAUUAUUUUUGAUUUGUGUUUUUCCGUCCGUCAAAAGAACAACAUGAUUGGAAAAAUCUUCACUCUUGGUGUUUUAUAUUUUGUCCAAGGACUUCCCUAUGGUUUUCAAGAUAAAUUUAUUCCAAUGUAUUUAAGAUCGUCUGGUUUAUCACAUACGAGUCUAUCACUAAUGAAGUUAUUAUUGCUUCCUUGGCUAUGUAAGGCAGGAUUCGCACCCUUAAUCGAUAUGUUUUGGACAAAAUGGUUUUGGUUGCUUAUUAGCUUGGUAUCGCUAACAAUCGUUUCCUUCUUGGGUAUAUUUCUUAGUACCACUUAUUUCUGGCUGUUGGCUGUUUGGUUAUUUUUCUUAAAUUUAUUUUCGGCCUUCCAAGACGUUUCUGUUGAUGGUCUAGCCAUGCUUAUAUUGCAAGACUGUGAAAUGGGCCACGGUAAUACUGCUCAGGUAGUUGGUUAUAAACUGGGUAGUUUAUUUGGGGGUGGUGUUCUAUUUUGGAUUCAUUAUUACAAUGGCUGGAGUUAUUUAUGUCUUUCACUCGCUAGUUUGUAUAUUAUGUCAAUUGUGGCUUUUCUGCCAUUGUAUACCCAAAGGCUUAUGACGAGUAGUUUUUGGAUUCCAAAUUUAUCUGAAAAAGAUAAAACUGAAAAACCCAUCAAUAAAAAAUCUCCAGUUGUUGAAGAAACUCACGAAGAACUUAUGAGACAGAGGCGAUUUAGAGAUCCACUCGAAUCUUCAAGUGACAGUGAGAAAGAGGAACAACGAAAGAACAUUGAAAAAAAGAGAAAAUAUAGUUUACAUGAGAUACCUAAAUUUGUUUUUGCUACUGAGGGGACAGUGCCUGUGAUAUUUUUCCUUCUUUUUUAUAAACUUGGAGAAAGAGGUGCCCUUUCUACAUUUCCUAUAUUUCUAGUUGACCAAGGUGUAUCAACUAAAGAUAUUGGCCUUUGGAGUGGAAUUAUUGGACAACUCUCUUCACUAGUUGGGUCAGUUUGCAGUGGGUGGCUUAUUUCAAGAAAGUGGAAUUUGCCCUUGUUUUUACAUUAUGUUCUAAUAGCAAGAACUGUACCAAUAUUUAUUCAAUGGAUUAUUGUCAGCUUAUGGUAUCCAAACAACUCUGAAAUGUUUAAAUCUAUUCUCUUUUUUUUUAGUGCUUCAAGUCUGUGCGCUUUAGAGUUUACAGCUGGCUUAGUGACAACUGCAGUCUUUACUCUCAUGAUGUCAUGUUCUCUUAAAGCUCCUCCAACGCUUCAGGCCACACACUACUCUGUUUUAUCGUCCAUCGAGGUAGCUGGAAAGCUGCUUUUUUCGUCCUUUGCAGGUGUGCUGAUUGAUUCCUAUGGACUUGGAUACACUUAUUUAUUAUUCAUUACCUUGUCAUUAGCAAGUUUGUUAAUAUUACGUUUAAUACGCUGACCUUAAAUGUGGGUGAAAUCAAUGUCAAUAACAGGAACUAAGGGCGGAAUUUUAAUUUAUACUAUCAUCUGUUUAUUUUUUACCUUUGAAUUUUAUAACUUUCUUCUUUUUAUGGUUAUUAAUAUCGUACAAUGCAGAUGUAUUUGAACCAAGGAUAUAUUUGGUUUUAAGAAAAGUCCUGGUAAUUAGACAAUUUUAUUAAAUGGCUAUAUGACUAUGCAUUUGCUAGGCAUGUUGGAAACACCUCUUACAUCUAUAACACUUUUUAAAAAAAUAAGCAUGCAUGCUCGCUCUUACUCUAGCUUGUGUUUUAAAACCAAAUGAAACUGGAAAUCCAUUUUUCUCAAUGUAAUUAUUUUUAUAUAAAAAAAGAAGAAACUUGUCUCUUUACUGAAAUUCUUUUUCUUUUAUUCUCUUCUUCUCACUUUCAUUGAAACUAGACAAACAAAGACAAGUGAAGAGGGUGUUCCAUUUUCUUAGGAUUCCAAAAGACAAAAAAAAAAAAAAAAAGGGCAAUCUUUUGACUCACUUCAAAUUGAAGAUAAAGAGAGUGCUUUAUUCUAGUAUGUUUAAAUUUUGCUGAAUGAUAGAGGAGCUUAGGGUGGAAAAUUUAACUUUAGACUAGAUGAACAUUUUAGGAAACAGUUUUUAAUACAUAUUUUUAUUACAAUUCUUAAAGAUUCAGCCGAAUAAAUUGAUAUUUUAGACUUUCCAUAAUGUGCUUUUGCAAAUGAAAAAUUAAAUAAUUUCAAAGUUCAACUUAGGAUUUCUCUCUCUAAGCUUUUGCAAUUAUAUUUGUGACACUUAUUGUGUUGAUUUACUUGUAAUAAGAAGCAUUAUUGAAAUUGGAUCUCUUUCGGAUGUGGUUAAAAAAUGUUAAAGAUAAGUGAUUUAAAAUAAAAGCAAUGCUAUUAUUAUUUAAAAAUAUGUUAUUUAUGGUUAUAUGGUAAGUUAUUAAUUCACAUUGCUAGAAGAAAAAAUACUUCUUACUGACCAGUCUUUAAAAAUGUAUUGAUCAUCAUUCUGUUGCACAAUGGAAUAUUUUAUAAUACUUUGAAUUUGUUUUUAUUUUGACUGCAGUUGUGUUUUUUACCAAAAACUUUACCUUUAACAUAUAUAUGUAUGAAUAAGUGUGCAUGUGUAUGUAUUCUAAUUUAUUUAUAUUUUCUUACUGAAUGUAUUUAUUUGGAGCAUUGUUUUUAAAUUGCUCAUUUAUGUGCAUGAAACAUUAGUUUUUUUAAAAAUUAAUUUAACAUAUUCAAAUUUUAGUUUUCAUUCAUAUAAAAAAAGCUUUGUUAAUUCCAAAAAUUAAUGAUCUUCUGGCUUGAUCAUUUUAAGAAUGAGUAGAUAUUUAAUGUUUUUCAAAUAGUCUUUUGUCUGUUCUGCAAAGUUGAGAUGUUACCGUAACUCUGUAACAUAUUAAAAAGUUACAUAUGUUAAUUUUUUUAAUAAUUUAUUCAUAUUUUAACAGUAUUUCUUUUAACCUCUUCCUAUUUGUUUGACAUAAGUAAAGAAAAUAUAAAAAUAAGCAAGUUUUUAAUUUUUAAUCUGUGAGUCAAAUGAUUAGUUAAAAGGUAACACUGAUUUGGGUUUAGCCAUCUGGAAUCAUUGAAUGAAAAGGAAACAUGUUAAGCUUUCUCUUUUAUUUAGCUAUUGUUAUAGAAAUAUUAAUUAUAAUAUUUUUACUUCUUUAUAUAGCUAUUGUUAUGUAAAGUAUUUUAAUUAAUACUUUGCUUGAUAUUAUAUUACCAUUUUCAAGUUUUAUUAAUGUGCAAUGUAUUUUACUCAUACAUAUCAGAAAUAUUUUAACUUUCCUUAUUAUAUGUUUUUGUUAUAUUUAUUGUUUCAACUAUAUUAAUUUAAUAUAUAUUAAUAUUGCUAUGGGAACUAUAGUGUUAAAUGUUUUUAGGUAAAGUAUUAAUCAGAAAAAGUAUUAAAAAUAUACAUGAAAAGGUCCUUAUAAUACACACGAAAAUUAUUUAUCGCAAUUAAAUAGUGAGCACUAAUUUUGCUUAUGGACCAUGUCUGUUGUUAUGACAUUAAAUGUAUAGAGUAAAAGGUGUAGAGAAUUGUUAAAAAGUUCACAUAUUUCAUAUUACUGAGUUAUUAAUAUUGAAAACUAUAGUAAUAGCUAUAGCAGUGUGAUUAAAGUGUUACAUAGCUUUUACUUAUGGUCCUGGAUUUGGACCUCAUCUGUGAUAGGCUACCACUACAUUUAUCUGUGAUGCAAGAUCAGUUUUUUCGGAAAAAGUAUAAUAGAAAGUUCUAAAAUUGAAUAUAGUCUAGCUGUGCUGCAUUUUGUGCCUUUGAUCUUAAAGACUAGACAUGGUCUAAUCAUACUUGUUGAGCCAUAGGCUUUAUAACCUAUUAAGCUAGGAAUUACUAUAGGGGUAGUAUAUAGAUAUAAUCAUUAUGAAUUAAAAAAUGUCUCUGGUUUCUAAUGUAUAUUUUUGUGUUAAAUUGUUUUUAUGAUUGUACAGAUAAUAUAUUUUCUUUCAAAUGCGUAUUAAUGAAAACCUUAUAACUUAACAGAUUAUAACCUAAUAACUGCAAUUGUUUGUUGUGUAAAAGUCAGUUCAAUCUUUUGUUAGUUUAUUAACGUUAGUUAUUAUAAGUUAGUUUUGUUAACUUAUUUAAUUUCUUGCUUAUACAAUAUAAAUGAGAUGUUUCUUGUUUUAUCCCUCUAAUUUUUUUUAAAAUAAAUAUCACUGUAUCAGAAAUUUAACCAUAAUACUCUAUUAUAAAUUAGAAAUGCUAAUUUUUUUUAUGCUUUUUUAAUAUAAAGUAUUUCCCUUAGUUUGUUAUUAUAUUGGAAAAUGGGACCAACACCAAUAUGACAAUGAUUAUGUUUUAUUCUUUUUAAGAAAAAUUAAUACAGAGCUUCUUAUGAAUUGCGAAAAAAUCCCAGAUUAGUCAAUUGAAAAUAGUCUGACAAUUGCAUCUGAUUUGGUAAAUGAAUAAAUAUCCAAAAAGUGACUUUAGUUAAAAAUGUGGCAAUAUACAUUCAUAGGGUGGAACCUAUGAAAAAGC